AUGCAGUUUUCGGCCAUAGAUAGAGUGACUCAAGGGGAAACCUCCACUGGGCUGCGGCAGCCUUCUUCCCAUCGGGGGCGCGUGGCUCACGAUCCGCGCCGCAUCUGGGCCGAGCGCUGUCACGCCUUCGAAGCCGGGACGGGCGGGCACCACUUUCUAAUGUCUCAUCUCGAUACCGCACCACUUCUGAUUGUCGCGAUGCGUUCAGCAAACGCGGUUCCCACGCGUGGGAUCGUUUUCAAUUCGCGAAUGCCGCUGACGAUGGUCCACAUGACUGCGGCGCGCCCGUCCAAUUACCGGGUGCCCAAUUACAGCCCC